UGCUGGGACAGAGAUUGAAGCUAUAUGUAAAUGUGGCUACCCCCGGACUGCCCACACCUCCCUAUUAUCCUCCCCUGGGGCCUCAGGACUGGAGGAGUGGAGGGUAGAGACCCACACCAGGGCCAUCAGAACCAAUGCCUUUGGCACUGUUGAGUUCCUGGGGUUUGGAGAAAAUGAGAGGAAUUAUGUACGUGUGGAUGUGAACACCAAGAUGGACGUCAUGAUGGAGCUGAUGAUGGACGUCUGGGGUCUGGAGAAACCCAACCUCCUGAUCUCAGUCACUGGUGGGGCCAAAAACUUCACCAUGAAACAGAAAAUCAAGGAAGAAUUCAGGCGUGGUCUCAUGAAGGUGGCCCGCAGUACAGGUGCCUGGAUCAUUACAGGAGGGACAAAUGCUGGGGUGAUGAAACAUGUGGGGGAAGCAGUCAGAGAUUAUGGGCUUGUGUCAGCCUCCACUAACCCCAUAAUAGUCAUAGGGGUGGCCACGUGGGGCUGCAUACAAAAUAAAGAGGACCUCACUGAUCCUGAGUGUCGAGGAAAAUGGCCUGCUUCAUACAGACUAGGGAAGAAACAGAGAAUAAAGGAAAGUUUCCUGGAUCCGAAUCACACCCACUUUGUGUUGGUUGACAAUGGAACUCAGCACCAGUUUGGAGUGGAGAUCCCGUUCAGGGCGAGAAUGGAGAAUUCCAUAGCAAACAUGAAAACCAACACUGGCAAAAAUGCCUCUGUUUAUGUGCCUGUGGUACUGCUAGUGUUAGAAGGAGGUCCUGGUACACUGGAAACGGCCCAUCAAGCUGUCGCCAAUAACACACCCAUUGUCAUAGUCCAG